AAAAAUAGUGAUGUAAUAAACUGAAGCCCAGUUACAAAUUCCUGUGCCACCAAGGAGAUCCAUUAAUUUUUGCAUUUCCUUAUUCCAUUACACCAUGUCAUCAUCUACAGAUCGGGAGGAUAAAUUCUUGCCAUCACCGGCGGUGCAUCGGACGCCACAACAGCAUGCGUUAUCCAAGAUUGUCUCAGCCAUUGCAUUCUACUGGAUUGCAUCUCUAUCAGUUGUAUUCUUGAAUAAGACUAUCCUGUCUGGAUCAGAAUUUAAGUUCCCAUUCCCGCUCUUCGUUACCCUCUUCCAGCUAGUUGUUGCGUUGAUAUUACUAGUUGUCUCUGGGCAUCUUGGCAAGCGUAAUCGGACUUUCUCUAUGGUCCCUCCAUUUGAAUUUGAUCCAGAAGUAGCCCGAAAAAUUGCACCUCUUUCGGUCGUCUAUGUGUUAAUGUUGACACUUAAUAACUUGUGUCUCCAACUGGUGGAGGUGACAUUCUAUCAAGUGGCUCGUUCACUUUCCAUCUUUUUCAAUAUCCUCUUCACAUUUACGAUGCUCCGUCAGACGACUUCGCCAGCGGCAGUGUUUUCCUGCGCAAUUGUGGUUUUAGGCUUUUUUGUAGGAUCCUAUGGAGAAACCAAUUUCUCGUGGCCAGGAUUGUUGGCGGGUGUUGGAUCCAGUAUUUUUGUGGCAUUGUAUGGCAUCUAUGUAAAGAAGACUCUGGCACUUGUAGAUAACAAUCAGUGGAAACUGCUACAUUACAACACCUCGAUUUCCAUCUUGUUGUUGUUGCCACUUGUCCUAUUUUCGGGCGAACUGAGUGAGAUUUGGGCUGAAGUUUACUUUUUGGGUGAUUUAGGAUUCUGGUUUUUGAUGACUCUUACUGGCGUAGCAGGGUUUUUGAUUAAUACAGCCAUGUUCCUACAGAUUAAGUAUACAACCGCGUUGACCAAUACGAUCUCUGGAACUGCUAAAUCCUGUGUCCAGACAUUGUUAGCCAUGGUAUUCUACCAGAACCCUAUUUCUGCAAUGAAUGGGUUCGGCAUUUUCUUGAGUUUAUUCGGCUCAGGAUUGUACUCUUGGGUGCGCUACACAGAAAUGCAACGCAAAUAACGGCCUUGCGUUAUAAUUUACCCAUUUUUUCUGAGAUGCAAAAGUAAUUCAUAUCCGUUGUUCUCUUUUAUGUGGCAGGAGUAUUAAAUAAACAAUAUGGCAGAACAGCGUUUGCAUUUAA